GUCAAACCGCCUCCGACGGGCACUCGGCUCGUACGCUACUUCAAUCGCUCCAAAUCGCGAUCAUAUCGUAGUGCUCUCACAGUGACUCAGUGCGUGUUUCCGAUUCGUAACACUCGCAUGACGGAAUACAUGUUAAGGAGAUGAACGGCACCACGACCACGGUGAAUGGUGGCGCUGUCAAUGGUACUAAUGGAACCCUAAAUGGGAUUGGAGCCGCUCCGCGGACUGCCACUCUUGGCACCCCGAGCAGCUACGCGUACACGUCAAGUGGAUCGCUUCUGGGGAGAAGCGGCUCUGCAAGGCCUGUGCCGCCUCCGACUCUUCCAAAGUAUAGUGGGUCCUUCAGUGCCGGAAGCACGGGCAGCCUACGGGAGAGGGAUAGAGAAGGCACAGGAGGAUCUCACCGCUUGGCUAGCCUGGAACGAUUGGCCCUGAGGCAGCGUAUAAUCGAACAAAAUGCGAACAAUCAGGUGGCGGCCGGCUUAUCUCUCAACAAUAAUGCACCGAACGGGCCCACCUCAGCCACCGUCACCCUCACCGAUACGGCUACGUUACAAAGUAAACGCGAGCUGUUUUUCAAGUCAGACACGGUGAGCGGCGCGACGGGCCCGCCGAGCUCCGCGCCGCCGGCGCCGCCGCUCGCGCCCUCCGCGCUCAAAGACUCACUCGCCAAGCGUUCGGCCACGCUGCCCGACAACCACGAAAACCACCACGAGGCUAACGGCGCCCCGCCGUCCGCCAAACUGAGCAACAGCGUGUCUAUAGACUCCGCGAAGUCAAAUGUGCCUCCAUCUGCACCGCCUCCUGUACCCACCACGGCGCCGCCGACCGGCCCUGCGCCACUCAGGAGUACAGAGAACAUAAUCAAGAAAACUGACCACCCUCCGGUUGCGCCAAAACCAGACCUACCUAAAUUAGAAAAACCAAAAACCAAAGAACUAGAUGGAUAUGUUGGAUUUGCAAAUCUACCAAAUCAAGUGUACAGAAAAGCAGUUAAAAAAGGGUUUGAGUUCACAUUGAUGGUUGUAGGUGAGACGGGGCUCGGGAAGUCAACACUGAUCAACUCGUUGUUCCUAACCGACGUGUACGACAAGGACAAGCAUCCGGGGCCGUCGCUUCGCGUCAAGAAGACCGUCGGCGUAGAGACCAGCGUCGUCAUCCUCAAGGAGAAUGGAGUCAACCUCACUCUCACUAUCGUAGACACGCCGGGCUUCGGAGAUGCCGUCGACAACAGCAAUUGCUGGCAACCGAUAAUCGACUUCGUAGAAUCGAAAUACGAAGAAUUCCUAAACGCGGAGUCCCGAGUCACACGAAAGGCGGCGCCGGCCGACACGCGCGUCCACUGCUGUCUGUACUUCAUCGCGCCCAGUGGCCAUGGACUGAAACCCCUGGAUGUGGAGUUCAUGCAGAGGCUGGGGGAUAAGGUCAACAUCAUACCAGUCAUCGCGAAAGCUGACACUAUGACGCCUGAGGAAUGCAAAGACUUUAAAGAACAGAUAAUGAAAGAGAUAGCUGAGCACAAGAUCAAGAUCUAUUCGUUCCCCGAGAGCGCGGGCGAGGAGGAGGCGGGCUCGGGCUCGGGGGGCUCGGGCGGGGAGGCGGGCAGGCUGCGCGCGCGCGUGCCGUUCGCCGUGGUGGGCGCCAACACCGUCAUCGAGCAGGACGGCAAGCGCGUGCGCGGCCGCAAGUACCCCUGGGGCGUGGCCGAGGUGGAGAACCUAGAGCACUGCGACUUCCUGGCGCUGCGCAACAUGGUGAUCCGGACGCACCUGCAGGACCUGAAGGACGUGACCAGCUCCGUCCAUUACGAGAACUACCGCUGCCGCAAGCUCGCCGGCCUGAGCCACGAUGGCAAGCCGCACAGGAUCAACUCUAAUAAUUUGUGCCCACAAGGACUGAUGAACAGUUUCAUGACCGUGUGGAACCCCCUGGCUCAAAUGGAAGAAGAAAAGAGGGAACACGAUCUUAAGAUGAAGAAGAUGGAGAGUGAAAUGGAACAGGUGUUCGAGAUGAAGGUGCGCGAGAAGCGAGCCAAGCUGAAGGAGUCGGAGGCGGAGCUGGCGCGCCGGCACGAGGCCACGCGCCGCGCGCUCGAGGCGCAGGCGCGCGAGCUCGACGAGCGCCAGCGCGCGCUGCAGGCGGAGCGCGCCGCGUGGGAGCGCGACACCGGCCUCUCGCUCGACGACCUGCGCCGGCGCUCACUCGAGGCCAACAGCAAAGAGACCGUCGACGGUAAAGACAAGAAGGACAAGAAAAAGAAAGAUUGGUCUUUUAAGAGUGUCACAUCGGGAUAGCUAUUUAAUAUUGGUGACUACCCCAAUACGAGGCACCACAUGUAUUUACGUGUAAGAAGUAGAUCUAUGAAUAUAGCGUAAUUGAACAACGAUUUAUUAAGACUAUCCGCUGGGUGUAACCAUACACUAUCACUUUACAAACCGGUACAGGUUUCUAUACGAGAUUACUUUUUGUAUGUAUUUUAUAAGUUUUUUUUUCCAUGACAAAGCAUUUAUAUGAUAAGUGAGGCCUAAUUUUGUACGAGUUGUGUUUCAAAGGAAUUUUGUAUUAUGGAUUUUACAAGGUGGUUUAAUAUUUUGGAUCCGUUUUUUAAAUUACAAGUGAGCACAAACAGUACUUUGACACUUUAUGAUUCGACAUUAACGUCCACGAAGAUGCCAAAUAGCUUGUAAUGGUCUGCGUAAGUAAGACCCUCGGUCUUUACAAUAUUGUAUUUUAACAAGUAUUUUACGAGCGCUGUAUCGUAAUUAUCAAAUACAAAUAUUAUAAUUAAUAAACAUCGACAUGACUUCUCAGCUCAAAAACUGUGUGACAUUAAACUCUAGGCACUAAAAUCUUUACUGAUAAAUAUAGCAUAAUAAACUUUACAAAUGCUAGCUGUGAAGAGUUUUAUUUUCUGUUAUAUUUGUAAGUAGAGAUGUUACGUACUGUAGACGUACGUAAAAUAUAAAUUAGGACACCAUUCUAAAUCUUAACGAUAAAUUAGAUAAAAAUAAUUUUUACUUCGUUUUCAAUACAUAUUUAAUACGAUUUUGGCUUAUUGGAGCGAGGAAGCGUUCUCUGCUUAGUGAUACGGAACAUGCUCAUAGCUCAGUUGUGACAUAGACUCAAUAGCUCUAGCUAGGUGUUAGCGUUUCAAAUAUUUGUAAUGGAAUGGAGUGAGGUUUGUUCACCAUUAAUAUUAUAUUUGAUUACCGCGGACAUAAUACAACUUUGUAUUUUUAAUCAGUAAUCACCAUUCAUAUCGUUAAAAUAGAUAAGUUAAUAAAUAUUUAGAUAAGACAUUACGACACCUCGUUCUUUUUUGUUGAACUAAUUCGAUAUACUUGUAGAGUUUCUAUUUAUUGUGAUUAUAUUCUUUAAUGUAUUACAUACUCGCAUUUAUUUAUGUAAAUAUUUUUGUUUUGUAGUCACGAUUACAUACAUGGGACAUAAAGUAUAAAAUAUCAAGUUAUUCAAUAGAACUGGUGACUGCAAGUGACUUAUUAUGAAAUGGGUCAUUUUUUGAGCGUUUAUUCCGAAUCGUCUCUAUGAACACAUUAUUUUAAGAAGCAGUAGUAAUCCAGUGAAAUUGUAGAAUUUUGUAACGUGGCUCUUCUGCGUCAAAUCCGGUAGUUCUGAUUUAUUGCAGAUUUAUUUUUGAUGUUGGCCCAAUUAAUAAUCCAAGUUUGUGACCUUGAGCGCCGAACGCAACUUUGUCAAAAAUCGAAAAACCUGCGAAAAUUUCGGUUUUUAUUUAGUUUUAGGCGAUUCUAACCCUAAAGGACUAGUUUUUGAUAGCACCUUCCAUAGACGUUUUUAAAGAAAACUAAAUUUGCUACAAUACGAGAUUAGAACUGUCUGUGUAGAUUGAAAGUUUCCGAGAUAAAGGCUUUCAAAAUUUAGAUUUUUUUUUAAUUGAGCUCGUAAGCUAAGUGAGUGCAGUGAGUAUGCACUUUUGACUCAGGCGAUGCCGCUUGGCAUGAUUGUUUCUAAGGUCAAACAAGCUGAUUUGGCCCAAUAGCUACGAGAUCGUACCGUGCAUACCCCCCAAAAAGGGAGGGGAAAGGUCGGAUCCCCAGGUCCAAUCUUUGCUAUAUUUCUUCCUACUCUUAGGAGCUAAGGCACGUUAUGUAUCAUAUUCAUAUAAUUUAGGGAUGAAAACAUUAUAUUCAUACUUUUAAAAUGCCAAGUUAAGUGUUAUUUUAAAGAUUUUUAACUUUUGACUUUGGCCAUAAUUACAUUUCUAUGGAAAUCGUCACUCAAUCCGCAUCAUAUUUUUACAACAAAAUAUAUGAAGGCCUGUUUUGAAGUGAUACUUUAUAGAAUAAGGAAGCCCUAAAUUAUAUGAAAAUCAUAUAUAACUUGCCCUAGUUGCUAAGAGCAGGAAGAAUUAAUAUAGCUUAGAUUGGACCUAGGGAUCCGACCCUUUCCCCUCCCUUUUUGGGAGGUAGGCACGGUACGAUAUCGUGGCUACCGCGCCAAAUCAGCUUUGUUUGACCUUAGGAACAAUCGUGCCAAGCGGCAUCGCCUGAGUCAAAAGUGCAUACUCACUGCACUCACUUAGCUUACGAGCUCAAUUUAAAAAAAAUCUAAAUUUUGAAAGCCUUUAUCUCGGAAACUAUUCAAUCUUCAGAGACAGUUCUAAUCUCGCAUUGUAGCAAAUUUACUCUUCUUUAAAAACGUCUAAGGAAGGUACUAUCAAAAACUAGUCCUUUAGGGUUAGAAUCGCCCAAAACUAAACAAAAACCGAAAUUUUCGCAGGUUUUUCGAUUUUUGACAAAGUUGCGUUCGGCGCUCGAGGUCACCAACUUGGGUUAUUCAUUGGACCAACAUCAUAAAUAAGUCUGCAUAAAAUCAGAACUACCGGAUUUGACGCAAACGCUAAAUGUAUAAUUUUACUGUAUUAUAGAUUUUGACGGUGUUUCCGGUUGUCUCAUACGUGAUCUCUUCUAAAUAUCCGGAAAUAACAUAAUAAACGUAUAGCAUUUUUCAAAAAUAUCUCUACGAAAACGAGGCGGUUUAAACGCUGAAAAAAGGUUUCUGAUAUGCAUAAUCGUAAUGCCAUGGUUUAAUUAUAUUUAAUUCCUAUAACGCAGUAUUGACUUCCGCAUUAAGUAAGGAGUUUUUUAGUGGUAAGAUUAUGCUUAAUUUUGUAUUUUGUGUAGGGUCGCGGCCCACUUUACCAUACUGAUCAUUUGCUUAGUCAUAGCGAGGAUAUGUGAUGUAUGCGGGGACGAAGUUCAGCCGGUGUAAUAUAUUGUACCUUUGAAUAAAAUAUAAAUAAAUACGUAAUAUAUAGG